AUGAAGAUGGUUAAGUCAUCUAUGGAGGAUGUGGGGCUUCAGUGGAAGAAGUGGAAGAAGUGUGCGGUGGCCCAUGUGAAAAGAGGGGUCCAAGUGACUGCUGUCUCAGGGGGGAGAGUUGUGGAGUCGACUAGAAUACCAUGUCUUGCUGAUGGUGAGCAGUACAAGUUCCUUGGAGUACUUGAGAGUGUUAGGCAGGAGGAUAAGUUGGUCCUGGAGUGUGCAGCAAGAGAGUAUCUCAGACGAUUGUCAGUUAUUUGGACAAGUCCCUUGUCCGAUUAUAGUCGGGUGGUAGCGUCAAAUCAGUUUGCAUUGCCUGUUCUUGGAUAUCUCAUGUGGACACAACAGUGGCCGAUGAUGGAACUUAAGCAGAUCGAUAGGGAAGCGCGCAAGAUUGUUGUCGAGAGUGAGGGUAGACACCCAUGUAGCUUGAAUGCAUUGUUGUAUAUGCCAAGAAGUAGAGGAGGGCGGGGAUUGCGCUCUGUUGAAAUGGAGUACAAAGCCACAAAAAUCAAGGAUGCAGUCAGACUCCAUGGCAAUGAAGAUCGUGCACUGGGAAUGGUACGGGAGUUUGAAGAGCAAGCGGCAAGGAUGGGGCGUAGGUCAAUUUUUAAAGAAGUGGCUAAGUGCGCGGAGGACUUGGGGCUGGAGUUGGAUUUGGAACACGCGCAAGGGAUCAAGAAAGAGGUGCGAAGGUGCCAAACUGAGAAGUUUGAGGAGGAGAUCAGAAACCAACGAUGGCAAGGACGUCUAGUGACUACCAGGCUGGAGGAUGAGAGUCUGAGUGCCGAUGGGUGUUUCUGGUGGCUCACAGAGUGGAAGAACUGCCCAUCACACACAAUUGCUGGACUCGUCGAGCUAUACGAGCAGCUAUUGCCAACGCGAGUAUACACGAGUCAGAAGACCCACGCAAGCGGGGAUGGCGAGGUGAGGUGCAGAUUAUGCGGCAAGGUUCCAGAGAGUGUGGCACAUAUCUUGUCAGGAUGCAGUGCGCUGGCCCAGAGCAAGUAUCUCUCUAGACACGACGCAGCACUGAAGGUACUGUUUUACGAACUGUUGUAUCAUGAGGGAUUUAUAGACGAGAUACCACCCUGGUACUCACCCGACAAGCCGAAGCCCGUGUAUGAGUCAGAGAAUGUUAAAGCUUAUUGGGAUGUCCCUAUCUAUGCUGAUCAACAAGAGUACCAAGAUCUUAGGGCCAACAGAAUUGAUACGAGAAUAGUAAACCACCAGGAGAAGAAGGUUAUAGUGAUGGAGAUGAGCUGCUCCUGGGUGAGCAAUCGUCAAAAGAAAACAUCAGAAAAGGCGAUGAAAUACGCGCCACUCAGAUGGGAGAUGAAGCAGAAGUACCCCGGGUACGAAAUUUCACAGUACAACAUCAUUGUGGACGUACUCGGGGGCUGGUCGACAGAAGUGGAGGUAACGUUGAAGGAGUUAGUUGGGAGGCGUCACAGAGAUGUCCUCAAGAAGAUGCAAAGGGCAUGCAUAUCCGUCACACUGAACAUUUCACGUACUUUUAAGGUUGCGAUACAUUAGACAUCGUAUUACCCGUGCUUCGGUUUGUCUCCUGCUCUAGAACUCUGAACAUUUAGCAUGUUUUAGCGUAAUUUGGUUUAGUUUAUUAU